AUGAGAAUUGAAGUAACUUUCGCUUCUCUUCUCCCCCUUUCUUUUUCUUCAUUCCUUCCUUCUCCUCCUCCUCUUUGUGUUUCUUAUUCCUCGUCACUUUCUUCUUCUUCCUUCCUUCUUUUUCUUCCUUUCUCAUCUUUCUCCCCCUCAUCAGCUUCUAUCAAUUUCUCAUCCUUCUCCUUUUCUUCUUCUUCUUCUUCUUCUUUUUUCCCUUCAUCAGCUAUCCCUCCUUCUCCUUUUCUUUCUUCUUCUUCUUCUUCUUUUAUUCCUUCUCUCCUCUUCCUCUUCCUAUUCUUUUUCUUCUCAUCUUUCUCCCUCUCAUCUCCAUCAGCUCUUAUCCCUUCCUACUCCUUUUCUUCUUCUUCUUCUUCUUCUUCUUCUUCUUUCCAUCAGCUCUUAUACCUUCCCCCUCUUUCUUUCCUAACUCUCCUCUUCCUUUUCUUCACUUUCUUCUAUCUUCUUUUCUCAUCUUUCUCUCCCUCUCCUCCUCCUCUUCAUCAGCUCUUAUUCCUUCCCUUUCUUAACUCCCUCUCCAUCCACCCUUUCUUUCUUUCUUUCUUUCUUUCUUUCUUUCUUUCUUUCUUUCUUUCUUUCUUUCUUAUCCUCUCCAUCAGCACUUAUCCCUUCCUCCACACCGUCUUUCUUAACUGCCUCCUCCUUUUCUUUUUCUUCUUUUUCCCCUUCUCGUUUUCUUAUCAUUCUCCCCCUCAUCUAUUCUUUUCCAUCGGCUCUUAUGCUUUCCUCCUCCUCCUCUUCUUUAUUAAAUCCCUCUCACUACCUCUUUUCUUCUUCUUCUUCCUCUUCUUCCCUCCUCGUCUUCCUUUACCCCUUCUUCAACUUUUUUCUCUCUUCUUCUUUCUUCCUUCUUCCCCUCUUCUUUUCUCCACACUCAUUUCCCUCCACCUCCUUUUUCCCUCCUCCUCUUACUUUUUCCUCCUCCUCAUCUUCCUCUUCCUUCUUCUAAAGAUCUGUAUUUUUCAAACGCUGAAUAUUUCUUCUUUUAUGUGCUUUUUUCUUUUUCGUGUCUUUUUUGUUUUUUGUGUUUUUCUUUAUUGUGUCUUUUUUCUUUUUUGUGCUUUUUUUCUUUAUUGGGUCUUUUUUCUUUUUUGUGCUUUUUUUCUUUAUUGUGUCUUUUUUCUUUUUUUGUGCUUUUUUUCUUUUUUGUGUCUUUUUUCUUUUUUGUGCCUUUUUUGUGCCUUUUUUUUCAUCCUAGACUGA